AUGGCCCAGAGAGUCCUGCGACAGGCGCUCACCACCGGCACCAAAUUCACCAAAGUUCUCCGGAACCAGAUCACAAACGCAACCCGCGGCGAUCUCGAGCCCAUCGCGGUCCGGUCAGGCCCCUACUCACACGCCCCGCUUCGCCAACCCGUGCACCCGGCCGCCCUCCGCCGCCAGGUUAAGAACAGCGGCAGCGCGCGCUGGUACUCGUCGACACACCGCGCCGUCCGCCGGUUUUUCAGCACCGACGACCCGGCGGCGCCCCGCUAUGUCGACCGUGCUGCGUACCUCAAGUCGAGCGUCGGCUCGCACGCCGUCUGGAGGUCGUCCGGGCGCGCUCCGUUUGCGUCGACGCUGCGGCCCAACCUGACGGGCGGCGCUCUGCCGCGCACGGCCGGCGGCUAUGCCUCGGGCGGUGCUGGCCGCGGCGGUGCGCGCUACUUCUCGCACACGCCGGCCGCGCCGGCGCAGGUGGUGCAGAACGUGUCGCAGGCGAUGCGGGCGUUCUGGGUGUCGGGCCAGCGGGCCCGCUUCGACGGCACCGACGCGCACGGCCGCGCCGCCUACAAAGCCAUCAGUGCGCUCGAGGAGGACCUGGCCCGCAAGCUGGCCGUCCCGGCGCUGCCCAAGAUGGCGCCCGGCGCGUUUGUCGACUUUUCGCUCAACCCGACCAUCACGGCCCUGGCCCCGUUUGUCGGCCUGUCGACGGCUGUGGCCGCGAGCAAGGCCGCCGUCAUCACGCUCGGCACCGAGGGCUUCCUCGACGUGCUCAGCGUCGACUUUGCGCGCGCGCUCAAGGAGCUCAGCGCCAUCAUGAACGACCUGAAGCGGCUGGCGGCGCUGGGCGAUUUGCCCGUGCUGCUGGACCAGGGCGAGGGCGCGUCGGUCCUGCGCGUGCGCUUCCCCGGCGUCGACGCCGAGACGGUCGACCGUCUCUGCGCGGACCUGGGCAUCACGCGCGGACUCGUGGGCCAGGACCCCGGCUUCGACCUGGCCAUGGGCACCUACGCGGCGCUGCGGUUCCCGUUUGCCCCCGACACGCCCGAGUCUCUGCUGGGCAGCAGCGCGGCCGAGGACAUGCUGACGUCGCCCGGUGGCUCGCUGCGGUCGCACCAGUCGUGGCUGUCGUCCGACGAGGACGAGGACGAACUGCGCGACGUGUUUGCCGACUACGAUGCCACUGGCGGCGCGAACCCGUGGCUGGCGUCGUCCCCGGCGUCGUCUGCGAGGGGCGCCGUCGACGUCGUGGCGAUCGAAGCGGAAGACGGGUAUGCGAGCAUGUCGCCGCCGGUGCCGAGCUCGGGUGAGCACAUGUCGCAGGAGUUUGAGGGCCUGGAGGGCAUCUACCGUUUCCUCGAGGAGUGUGACCGGGUCCAGCUGCGGUGA